AUGCCUAGGUUACCACCGCCUCGGAGCACCAGCACGGUAUUUUACGUGUAUGGCCCAUCUACUAAACAUCCAACCCCUCGCGCGACCUCAGAAAGAUGUAGCAUCUGCCUGGUCUUUGAGCAAGAUUUUGUACGGCGGGAUAUCUUUGAUCCCCCUGGAACAGAAAGUGACAGUUAUACAUACUACAUCCACCAUAGGAACUGGGAGUUACUUAAGCAGUCCGUUGACAAUGGAUGCCAAUUAUGCAAGCUAUUGUAUAAUGGUUAUCUCCAUACACGCCACGAACGGCGAUCAGCUAAGCAAGAAAGCGAUUCAGUGCAGGAUACCGAGUCCAAACUAUCGAAAUCACUAUGCAUCGAGACACCAGGAACUUUCGUCUUCUAUGUCCCCUACGACCAUUAUGAACUCUCUGGGCCUCUUCGGAUGUUCUUCUGUCACACGGACAUGUUCGAGGAAUCGACGCUUGAGGCAGUUGCACGGCAUGAUAGCUGCUCUAUGGCAGAAUUCGCCAUUGCUGUAAAUCCUAAUGACACCUUUUUCUCGUAUGGGGAAAGAUCGUUUUCUUUGGGGAGAUUAUGCGCCCCUGAAGCCGAUUUCUCUCUAGCAGCAAGUUGGCUCCUCGACUGCCAGAAAAAUCACCAAUGCCAGGCCACUCAUCACACCCCCAUCGGCAUCAAUCAGCAGAAUCCGACACGAUUGCUUCGCCUGCAGCCAAAAAUGGGCAUGAUUAGUCUGAUUGACACCAUCAAAACCCAGAAGUACGACUAUAUCGCACUCUCACAUCGCUGGGGUCAAUCCAAACCGGCUGUGACCUUGACCAGCAACUUGCACGCCCGGAUGGCGGGCAUCUCAAUCAACAUCUUGCCACAAACAUUUCAAGACGCAGUGAUGGCGACGCAUAAGCUCGGCUACGAAUUUAUCUGGAUUGACUCACUUUGCAUCAUUCAAGAUGAUAAAGCAGACUGGGAGAGGGAGUGCCCCAGGAUGUCGGAUGUGUAUCGAGGAGCGGUCUUGACUAUUGCUGGACCGGCGGCCACAGACUCCAGUGCCGGAUUCCUACAUAAGAGAGAGUUCGUCACCAACCAAAAAUAUACUCCUUGUAAGCUACAAUGCAUUGAUGGAAAAGAAAAUGGCAAUGGGGUGCUUACUAUAUGGUACCCCGGUUGUCACCGAGAACCAACAGCAGAGACUGAUGUGAGGAUACGCCGCCUCAGUGCUCUGGACAGUCAGCCAGACAGCGUCUUGCAAAACCGAGGAUGGAUUAUGCAGGAGUAUCUGCUUUCGAGUCGAAUUCUAUAUUUCGGAUCUUUUCAAAUGUAUUUCGAAUGUGGUCGCGCAUCGUGGUUUGAGUCGACAUUCCAGUCAAGGAACCCAUCCAGAUAUUCCAACCAAGACAUGUCGGUCAAAAAAUCGCUCAUUGAUCACAUCGGGGAGUUCGACAUCUUGCUGGAAGUCUGGCAUGAGUUCGCAACGCGCUACUCUCUGUGUGCUCUCACGAACCCGACGGAUAAGUUGCCCGCCAUCUCCAGCAUCGCGCAAUCGAUGGACCCUCUAGGCCAGCAAAGCUACUAUGCCGGUAUAUGGGGGUCACAUCUUCCGGAGUCUCUUCUUUGGUUUGUUUCCGAUGACACUGCGGAUCAAGCACAACAGCCAGAUAACAAGCCGGCCAAGACAACAGCCUACAUGGCGCCCAGCUGGUCCUGGGCUUCGACAAAGGCUCAUGUUCGGUUCAUUGCCUUGCAAAGAAGACAGACCUGCCCCAUUAGUGUUGUUUCAUGCUCUACCAAGUUAAGCGGAGUGGCGCCUAAUCCUGAUCGCUUCGGUUGCGUCAGUGCUGGGAGACUCAACAUCAAGGGGAGGCUCAGCCGCGUGCUGAUAACCGGAGAUGAAAAAGGAGGUAAAUUCCUGGCUUGGAAAUGGCCAACAACUUCUCAGUCUCAACACACCCAAUCCUCGAUCAAAGGCAUCUAUCGAACAUCAAGGAGCCAGGAAGGCGACGCCUCUACUGGCUUGACAUUGUCGGGAUGCGGAGAAUUCUCUCCUGAUGAUGCAUCAGCAUACAAAGCCCACAUUUCCAGUGGUGAAUGUUCAUUUGGGAAAUUCAACUCCUCUAUCCAAAUAAGCAAGGCGGGCAAGGGGAAGAUGAGUAUGCUGCCACUGCAGGAAACAUUUGCUCUGCAGGCAGUGAUAGGAUCCGGAUAUACAUAUAAUGCUCUUGCUCUGGAGCGAAUACCCAACAUGGCAAAUACUUUCCGUCGAAUAGGAUGUAUUUCCUUUGGUAUAUGGGCAUUAGAGCAAAUCACCUGGUUUGAAGAUCAAGUUCCACAAACAAUUGAGAUUGUAUAA